UAUAAAAAAACAUUGUUUUUUAAGAAAUUCUGUGUAGAAUAAUUCUAAACGGCCUUUAAAUGUCCGAAAUCCGAAACACGAGGCUCGCUUUGUUGCAUGCAUCAUGACGACAAAAAUUUCCACAGGCGGUUUAUAUUAUAAUUGUUAUAACAAAAGCUAAACGAUAUCAGAUAUUUACUGUGGCCUGUGAGUUAUUCUACUGUGGAUUCAAGCAGUGGAUCUCGCCAGGAUUCUCGCGUCUCUUCUCCCGAUUUCUCUAGUCUCUGUUGGUUUAUCCCUAGCUCUUUGAAGCUUUUGGUGGCUUGGCAGGGGGUUUUAAUUGGUCUAAUUCCUUGAAUGCCUUUGGCAAUGGUGGCUUGGUUGGGCGUGGCUGGGAGUCGGUGAUUUCUGCUUAUUUUUUUGGCGCAAGAUGAAGCUGAUUUGCAUGGUUAGGUUGACCUUUUCUGGAAUGGUUACUGGGUAUAUGAUGAUUGUGCAUUAAAUGCACAACCCACUGGCCAUGUCCUGUUCAUCGAGAGAAUGGGGGCUGUUUUUCUGGGGAUUUGAUGUUAAGUUGGUUUCGGACCAGAUACUCUGGUUUGUUGCUGCCCCAAGUUGGUAAUUUGGCGUCUAAUUUCAUUAGGAAAUUGUCAGAUGAGUUUACUAUUCCUUUCCCAUUUGGCUUUUUUGCAAUCUUAGUUCUUUUUGGUCUUUUCUUCCUCUGUUUUGUGUCAGCCCCCUGAUAUUUACUGGGAUGUUUGUGGUUAGGGUGCAUUGCUUGGUUUUAUAUGUUUUUAAUUUUUUUCAUAGGGAUUUGGAUGCCACAUAUAAAUUUUUCCUGUUGUUAUUAUUUUCUAUUGGAGCGAAUUAGUUUGCAGGUUUGUUUGUUAGUAUUUCUCCCUUCCAUAAUGUUUAUGCGUCUUUUUUCCUCAGGUGUCUUUAUUAAUGUGUUGUUGCCUUGGUUUCUAUUUGACCUUUUCUCCGUGGCUUUGUUGUGUGCUUCUGUACUGACUAAUAGUUGUUUAUUGGGUGCUCAUUAUGUUUUUCUUCAGGGGAUUGAAGCUACUUCCAUUUUUUAUUGGUUGUCUUCCUUGCUAUUUUCUCAUUCUAAGGUAGUUAGUUUUCUAUUAGUUUUACCGUUCAAGACUCAAGUUUGGUGCAAUUUCUUCUUUGUUUUGAUGUUGGUCGAGAAGAAAGGAUUAGUUUUGCUUAAUAGCAUGUGCCAUUGUGCAGGGAAAUGGUCGGGAUUGUCUUCGAAACUACUGCCUAUGCUGUCUUUUUUUUUUCACAGUUUUGCGUCAGAGGGAUUGCUGUGGUGAUUUUAGUCUCUUUCAGGUCUGUUUAUUUCUUUCGUCCUCACCUUUGCUGUCCUGUUUUGUUUUCAUGUAUUUGUGCACUCUCGGUGCCUUGCUUGGUGUUGAUUACAUCUCUACUUUGUGUGUCGUGGCUUGGCUGUUCGUUUCUUCCUCUUUCUCUCUUGUUGUGUCCUGCCUUGUUGGGCAAUAAUUUACAACUAUGCUUGCCUCUUUGGAGAGCAAAAUCUGCUGCUGUCAGAAGAAAGUUGAGAGAGAAAUAUCAAGGACUCAAAAACGUGUUGGAAGUGGGUGUGUGCUCAGGAAUAUGCAUGGUGGGUUUAUUCCUGCAAAAGCUGUCUUCAAUUCCAGGGUGGCUAGUCCUAAAGCAAUGGAGGCUAUUUCCAUUAAGUAAGCUCUUAAUUAGUUGGAUAAAGUGUAUGGAUCUGCAACAAGUGGAGAUUGCUAUGGAGAUCAGCGAAGGUCAGCAAGCUGGGAUGUAGCAGCUUAUGCGAUAGACUUUCUUCUAUGCUGGAGAAUGUGGCAUCUCCAAAAUCAAUCAUGUUCGGCGUCAUAUCAAGCCAGCUGCUCAUAACAUUGCUCGUCAUGUGUCCCAGAGUUCUUCUGUAGUUGUUUAUUGUGAUAGCCUUCCUCCUUGCUUUAACGGAAGAGCACCUUUGACUUUGUACUUGGGUAUUUUCUUCUUUGAUAAAUCCCUAUUA